GAGUUCCGCUCCGCCCCCUCAACCUCUACCUCGACCCACGACAAUCCCUAUGAUUGUUCCGAAUGAUGAUUCGCUCCCUCCGAUCUUUCCAGGCAAGACGCGCUUAUUUGCGCGAGCAAUACCAACCCCUACAACUGUUCCGAAUCAGCCAGACAUGAAUGAUCCUAUGCAUCACCUCACUAAACCCCAUCCACCCGCAUAA